AGCGGCCCAUGAUCCAAACCUCUGUGAGACUCCACGCCCUGUUUUCCGGGGAGCCCGUGGAGAUCCAGCCCUACAACACGCUGCUCCUCUUACGUCCCGUCCGCGAUCAGUGAGCUGGCCGCGGCAGAGAUUUCUCCUUCGGCUUGGAUCUUAUCUUUUACUCCAACUGAGCUCUUUCUAGUCUUUUGCGCGCUCGGCAAAUGUCGGGAGCGGUAUAGUGGACGCGUCUGUGCCGAGUCGUGCGCAAAUCUUUCUGAGACUGCGCCUCCGUGGCAAUGGAUUGAUUUCAGUGGUUUUUUCCCUUCCCCAACCUCUGCCUCGACCAAGUUGAGAAAACAGUGUGUAACCUGCGGCUCUCUCCUUCCAGCUACAUGUUUCAUCCGGCCAGUUUUAAAAGUAGCCUACCUGGCUCCGGAUGUUCCUGCACAUUUUAGGACGUUGAACUUUUUUUUCCUUCUUCUCUUUGUGCAUUCACAGGAGGUGGACGGGGAUUUUAAGGAUUUAUAUAUAUUUAUUUAUUUAAAAAACAAAAACAGCUUCUCCGGGGUUCUUAAAGCCUGCAAAGAUUUAUUCGUGAAAAGUGAUGGCCGAGCGGGGAGCUCUGUCGCUCCUCUCUCUCCUCUGUCUCACCUUUCUCUACACGGAGACCACCGCUGCAAAGCAUGUCGACAAAGCUUCAGCAGUGCAGCCCUUCAGCCCCUUCUGGUUCACCGUGGAGCCCCAGGACACGCUGGCCAUCCGGGGGAACUCCGCUUUCCUCAACUGUUCUGCACACAGCGACGCAGCCACGCCGGCACACAUCGAAUGGAAGAAAGACGGCACCUUCAUGAGCCUGGUUUCAGACGAGAGGAGAAAAAUACUGCCCGACGGCACGCUGUUCUUCAGCCAUGUGGUCCACUCUAAACAUAACAAGCCAGACGAAGGAACCUACCAGUGUGUUGCCACCAUUGAGAACCUGGGAUCCAUUUCCAGCCGCACGGCACGCCUCUCUGUAGCAGGGAUGCCCAGGUUUGCCAACCAACCGUUGCCAGCCACUGCGCGACUUGGGGACAGUCAGGUGAUGGCAUGUGAGGUCAACUCGGAUCUGGUGGCCUUCAUCCGGUGGGAGAAAGACCGACAGCCCCUGGAGCUGAGUACCAGGUUGAUCCAGCUACCGAGUGGAGCCCUGGUUAUAAGCAAUGCCUCGGAGACGGACGCUGGCACGUACCGCUGCCUUGUGGAAAACGUUGGCUCUUCCAAGUUGAGCGAUGAGGCCGAGCUCCAAACUGUACCAGAAACUGGCGAGGAGAGGAAGCUGGAAUUCCUGGUGCAGCCUGUGUCUGUGACCAAGACGACUGAUGCCAGCGUGCUGCUGCCCUGUGUGGCCACGGGUUACCCUGCACCACGCAUCAGCUGGAUGUUUGGAGACAAGCUGCUGGAAGAGAGUGAUGGUCGGGUGGAGGUGCUGGGAGGGGGCAGUCUACAAAUUUCCAACCUCACGGAGGCAGACGCUGGGAUCUACACCUGUGUUGCAGACAAUUCCAACACCACCAUUGAAGCCCAGGCCCAACUCGCAGUACAAGUUUCCCCGCAGUUCGUGAAGCGGCCGGCCAACAUUUAUGCCCACGAGUCCAUGGACAUCAUCUUUGAGUGCGACGUGUCGGGGUCACCGGCUCCCACGGUCAAAUGGGUCAAGAAUGGAGACGCCGUCAUUCCCAGCGAUUACUUCAAAAUAAUUGAGGACCACAACCUGCAGAUUUUGGGUCUGGUCAAGUCAGACGAGGGCUUCUACCAGUGCCUGGCAGAAAACGAUGCGGGCAACAUCCAGUCCAGCGCCCAGCUUAUCAUCCUGGAUCCAGGCUCCAGAGGUGUAGGCAGUCCAGCAGGGCCUACCUCCUCGGCCCCCCGAGACGUCGUGGCUUCGCUGGUGUCCACUCGCUUCAUCAAGCUGACCUGGCGUCAACCAGCCGAGCCGCAUGGGGACGAGUUGACCUACUCCAUUUUCUACAGCCAGGAGGGCACGAGCAGGGAGCGAGUCGUGAAUACCAGUCGUCCAGGGGAGAUGCAGGUCACCAUCCAGAACCUCAUGCCAGACACCAAAUAUCGCUUCAGGGUUGUGGCCCACAAUAGCAACGGCCAGGGCGAGAGCUCUGCAGCGCUUAAAGUGGCCACCCAAGCUGAAGUCCAAGUACCCGGCCCGGCUCCUAACCUGCAGGGGGUGUCCAACACGCCGACCUCCGUUUCUCUCAGCUGGGACAAACCCCUCACUGGCAAUGGAGAGAUCCUCUCGUACAAGUUGUACUACACGGACAAGAGCGUCGGCAAAGAGCAGGAUAUUGACGUAGACGGCCAGUCGUACAGCAUGGCGGGGCUGAAGAAGAACACAGAGUACAGUUUCCGUGUGGUGGCCAACAACAGGCACGGUCCUGGCGUCUCCACUGAGGACGUUGUCGUUCGCACCCUGUCUGACGUACCAAGUGCCCCGCCUCAAAACCUGACCAUCGAGGUCCAUAACUCAAAGAGCAUCAUGCUUCGGUGGCAGCCUCCGCCCCUGAGCGGCCAAAACGGGAAGAUCACCGGCUACAAGAUACGAUACCGGAAAGGAUCCCGCAGGAGCGAAUCUGAAACCACUGAAGGCACCCAGCUUUACAAGCUCAUGGAUGGUCUUGAGCAUGGAACGGAGUACUCCUUCCGAGUGUCAGCCAUGACGGUAAAUGGCACGGGACCGGCCACCGAGUGGAUGACGGCAGAGACGUUUGAGAGCGACUUGGAUGAGUCCCGUGUUCCGGACCAGCCUAGCUCGCUGCACGUCCGGCCGCUGGUCAACAGCAUCGUGGUGAGCUGGACGCCGCCGGAGAACCAGGACAUUAUGGUGCGCGGUUACGCGAUUGGCUACGGCAUCGGCAGUCCACACGCGCAGACCAUCAAGGUGGACUACAAGCAGCGCUACUUCACUAUCGAGAACCUCGACCCCAGCUCCCACUACGUGAUCACACUAAAAGCCUUCAAUAACGUGGGUGAAGGCAUUCCCGUGUACGAGAGCGCCGUCACCAGAGCACAGUCAGACCCCGAUGUUGACCUGUACGACCUCUUACAUGCUCCAUACACCCCAGUACCAGACCCUCUCCCCAUGAUGCCGCCGGUGGGCGUUCAGGCGUCGGUGCUGAGCCACGACACCAUCAAGGUGACCUGGGCCGACAACUCGCUGCCCAAGAGCCAAAAGGUCACAGAUAACCGCUACUACACAGUGCGAUGGAAGACCAACAUCCCUGCCAACACUAAAGUGAAGAUGGUCAACACCACCAACCUGAGCUACACGGUGCCAGAUCUGAAGCCCAACACGCUGUAUGAAUUCUCCGUCAUGGUGACCAAAGGCCGCCGUGUCAGCACAUGGAGCAUGACAGCCCAGGGCACCACCUUUGAGACCACUCCCAGCUCCGCCCCGAAGGAUGUGACUGUGGUGAGCAAAGAGAACAAACCACGCACCAUAAUUGUCAACUGGCAGCCUCCCUCUGAGGCCAAUGGAAAAAUCACUGGCUAUAUCAUCUACUACAGUACAGAUGUAAACGCCGUGGUCCACGACUGGGUUAUCGAACCAGUGGUGGGCAAUCGUCUGACUCACCAGAUCCAGGAGCUAACGCUGGACACCACCUACUACUUCAAGAUUCAGGCCCGAAACUCAAAAGGCAUGGGCCCCAUGUCUGAGCCCGUGCAGUUCCGCACUCCAAAAACUGAGUCCUCUGACAAAAUGGCUAAUGACCAAGCCUCAAAUCUCACACCAAAGAUGGGACCUUCAGGAAACCAACCUCCACGGGACCCUGUUCCACCAAGAAUUAAAGAUGGGGAAAAUCAUAUCCUGGUCAUUGUCAUAAUCAUCUCAGUGGGAGCCUUCACCAUCAUAGUGGUGGUAGUGGGGGCUUUCCUGUGCACGCGGCGCACCACAUCCCACCAGAAAAAAAAGCGGGCUGCCUCAAAAUCUUCCAACGGCUCUCACAAAUACAAGGGGAACUCCAAAGACCUGAAGCCACCCGAUCUUUGGAUUCACCACGAGAGGCUGGAGCUUAAACCCAUGGACAAGUCGCCAGACCCCAAUCCAGUCAUGACUGAAACCCCCAUUCCCCGCACCUCACAGGACAUCACCCCUGCUGACAGCGGAUUGGAGAGCAACCCCCACCUGCAGCAGAGGCGCAACUCCUACCGUGGCCACGAAUCAGAGGACAGCAUGUCUACACUAGCAGGCCGACGAGGGAUGAGGCCUAAAAUGAUGAUGCCUUUUGAUGCGCAGCCGCCUCAGCCCGUGAUUAGCGCUCACCCCAUCCAUUCCCUCGAUAACCAUCACCACUAUUAUCACAUGGGCAGCCUGUCGUCGGCAACACGCAGCUACCUCUACCACCAGGGCAGCGGGUACCCACGCCCGCACACCUGCACCCCCAUCUCUCAUCUAGACAGGGUGGACUCCACAGAGUCUGUGAGGAAUACUCCCAGCUCUGAGCCCGCCCCUCCUGCCACCGCCUCCUCCCAAGCCUCCUGCCCCUCAGAGAUCCUGGCUGACCCAGAGGGCAGCUACCACGGCUCCACCACCACAGAGGAGGAGCCUAGCUACUCCAGCAACCUGCCCCCACUCCGCUCAGCUCACCCGCAUGCCCACGCCCACCCUCUCAAGAGCUUCGCUGUACCUGCAAUCCCAGCCUCCAGCCACCCAUCCUAUGAGUCUCCCGCCCUGCCCAGCACUCCCCUGCUCGCUCAGACCGGGCCUCCCACUCACCCGCAUGUUGUGAAAACAGCCUCCAUCGGAACACUAGGAAGGACACGAACACCGAUGGUGGUCACCGUGCCCAACGCCCCCGAUGUACCAGAGACCAGCAAGAUGCUAGAAGAUGUAGACAGCAGCUACGAGCCCGACGAGCUGACCGAGGAGAUGGCCCACCUCGAGGGCCUGAUGAAGGACCUGAACGCCAUCACCACAGCGCCAUGAGCAUGCACUUGCACCAAAACACCACACACAGACAGACACACACACAACCACACACUCUCUGUCACC